UCUCCUCCAUACAUACCGCAGCACCGCGAGCUCACAAGGCUCGUAUAACACAUAACACAACCCAGCUUCUUUCCUUCCCCUCUCUCUCUUUAAUUUCUCUCUGCAAUCCUCCGUUUCUUUCCUUGUUUCUCUUUACAGGAUAUAUUGCAUCCAUGGAGGAUAACUUAAACCAAGUAAUGAUACCCACAUUUCAUAAAAGAAAAGAAAGGAAAACCACCCACGAGAAAUCUGUGAUGGCUAAUAAUGCAAAGCAUGAAUCUUUAGUUAGUUUGAAAAGGAGCAGGGGAGCAGAGAAUGUUCAGAAGAGGAGCAGAAGAAAGAGAAAGGAGAUGUUAAAGGUUCAAGAAAAGGAUCAAGCGUCGACGGUGGGUGCAGGUGAAGAUGAUGAGAAGGCAGAAGUAGAUAGAAAGAUUGUGGCAUUGCAAAUGAUUAUCCCAGGGGGCGAGUCGUUCGGGGUAGACAAGUUGUUUGAAGAGACUGCUGGUUAUAUAAUGGCUUUGCAGUGUCAAAUCAAAGCCAUGAGAGUUCUUGCUGGUUUUCUUGAAGGUCUGGAAACGGAAAAGAGGAAGUCUGGAGGUUAAUUAAGCAUGGACUCCCAUCUUGUAUCACUUUAGAGGGUCCGUUCAGGUCUCUCUCUCUCUUUUUUUACAUAAUUUUUUUCACCUUUUGUUCAUUUAUUUUAUUUUUAUCUUAAAGAUGGGAGCAAGAUUUCCCUUUCUUUUUUUGUCCUCCUCCGUUUGCCGAUAUUCUUAGAAAUUAGUAGUUAACGAGUGAGAAUGAUUUCCUACAUAUGGUUGCUGGAA